AUGACUAAUAUAAGAAACUGGAUUUUAACAAGUAAAAUAUAUUUAACAAAAAAUAAAGAAAUUUAUUUAGAUUUAUUCUUAAUUGCUUUAUACUCUAUUCAACUUGAUGUAAAAUCUGAUGUGUGUACUAUAAACCUAUUACUAUUUUUAGUUUUAACUAAGGUUUAUCAAAUCAAUAUCAAUAGUAUCAAAUAUUUGAUUUUUUAA